CAGGCACGACUCAUACUACUAACAAUGCCCCACUCGCAUAGAAUGGUGGAAGAAAGGAUUUAUCAGCAACCGAAUCAUCGUGGGAACAACUGCCUUCUCUAUGCGUACCUUGAUUCGCUGGUUCAGCUCAGUCUCCAUAUUCUAAACCUUCAUGGCCAUUAACUAAAGUCUUGGGGCCUUAUUAUUAAGCCCACCGUCACUCGAGUGGAGCUUGCCCACUUACGUCAAGAAUCAAGAGCAAGAGCUCUUUAAAAGCUACAGAUCUUCCAGCCAAGGUGAUUCCCAAAGCUUCAUCACGUUCUGUUGCUAUUGUCACCUGUCAUCCACUGCACCUGCACCUUCCAGACCGGAAAUACACCAGAAAAAAUGGGCGCUACGUCUCAGAAGCAGUGGACCGUCCUCAACAAGGACAACGACUUCGAUGGCCUCACCUUUGGCGAUGCCCCUAUCCCGAAAGUCGGUGAGAAUGAGGUCUUGGUGAAGUUCCACGCGGCGUCGUUGAACUUCCGUGACCUGAUCAUCCCAAAGGUGCGUUCCCCAUCCCUAACUGGCCAAUACCCAUUUGCGCUUAACUUCCCGGUUGUUCCUGGCUCCGACGGUGCCGGUGAGGUUGUCGAGACUGGCUCCAAGGUGACCCAAUUCAAGAAGGGUGACAAGGUUGUCACCCUGUUCAACCAGCAACACCAGUACGGCCCCAUCGAUGGCAGGGGUGCCAGCUCCGGACUUGGUGGCGUGAUCGACGGUACCCUCCGCCAGUACGGUGCCUUCAACGAGAACGGUCUGGUCAAGAGCCCCCAGAACCUCAACCACCUCGAAGCCAGCACCCUCUCCUGUGCUGCUCUGACGAGCUGGAAUGCUUUGUAUGGCCUUAAGCCUUUGCAGCCUGGUCAGACUGUGUUGGUACAGGGAACCGGAGGUGUUAGCAUCUUCGCUUUGCAGUUUGCUAAAGCGGCCGGCGCAAGAGUCAUUGCUACUACCUCGUCCGAGGAGAAGGCGAAGAAACUGAAGGAAUUGGGCGCCGACCAUGUCAUCAACUACAAGACUGAGCCCAACUGGGGUGAUGUGGCGCGCAAGCUGACUCCUGACAGCGUUGGUGUCGACCACAUCAUCGAGGUCGGAGGCAGCGGUACCCUCAACGAGAGUUUCAAGUGCAUCAAGUUCGAGGGUGUGAUCAGCAUCAUCGGAUUUGUUGGUGGUGUUGACCCCAAGUCCAUGCCCAACGUUCUUGACACCUUGAGCCACAUCUGUACUGUCCGCGGCAUCUACGUUGGCAGCAAGGCUAUGAUGAACGACAUGGUCCAGGCCAUUGAGGCCAACAACAUCCACCCGGUUGUGGAUGAGAAGGUCUUCACCCUCGAGCAGACUCGGGAAGCCUACGAGUACAUGUGGGGACGCAACCACUUCGGAAAGCUGGCCAUCAAAAUUGAAUGAAUGCGAUAGAAUGUGGCGGGGAGGGAUUUUUAGAUACAGCGUAGGCGAUAUGAUUGAACGAGUACCAAAUACAAUUAAUUAUAAUUCAAUA